AUGGCGGACGAAGCGUACUGGAUUGGCGCCGCCCCGUCGUCCCAGAGCUACCUCCAACAGCAGAAGAUCAUCGACGUGGCCAAGAAGUCGGGCGCCCAGGGUAUCCACCCUGGCUACGGCUUCCUGUCCGAGAACUCCGACUUUGCCAACCUGUGCGAGCAGGAGGGCAUCACGUUCAUUGGCCCGCCGGCGUCUGCCAUCCUGUCCAUGGGCUCCAAGAGCGAAUCAAAGGAGAUUAUGGAGCCGUCUGGCGUGCCCAUCGUCAAAGGAUACCACGGCGAGAACCAGGACCCGUCGUUUCUCCUUGACCAGGCCCGCGACAUUGGAUUCCCCGUCCUCAUCAAGGCCGUCAAGGGCGGCGGUGGAAAGGGCAUGCGUGUCGUCAUGCAGGAGAAGGAUUUCAUGGAGAACCUCGAGAUGGCAAAGGGCGAGUCCCGCAAGCACUUCAGCGACGACCGCGUUUUGAUUGAGAAAUACGUCCAGCGCCCACGUCACGUCGAAGUCCAGGUGUUUGCGGACAAGUACGGCAAUGCGGUGUAUCUGUUUGAGCGCGACUGCUCGUUGCAGCGCCGCCACCAGAAGAUCAUCGAGGAGGCGCCCGCGCCCGGCCUGUCCCCCGAGCUGCGCAAGGAGCUUGGCGAAGCGGCUGUGCGGGCGGCGCUCGCUGUCGGAUAUGUUGGCGCCGGCACCGUCGAGUUUAUCAUGGACACCACCACCCACGAGUUCUUCUUCAUGGAGAUGAACACCAGGCUGCAGGUUGAGCACCCUGUAACGGAGAUGGUGACCAACACGGAUCUCGUUGAGUGGCAGCUGCUUGUUGCUUCCGGUUAUGAGCUUCCCGCAACACAGGAUGAGAUCCAGCUGCGCGGGCACUCGUUUGAGGCGCGCAUCUACGCCGAAAACCCGGACAGCAACUUCCUCCCCGGCUCUGGCCCGCUCUCCUACCUCCGCACGCCAGCAGAGGCCCACGACGUGCGCGUUGAGACGGGCGUUCGCGAGAAGGACGAGGUGUCAAUCCACUACGAUCCCAUGAUUGCCAAGCUCGUUGUGUGGGGCGCCGACAGGAGCCAGGCACUCAACAAGCUGCGCACUGAACUCGGCAACUACACUAUUGCUGGCCUGCCAACAAACAUCAAUUUCCUGCAGGCCUGCGCGGGGCACCCGGAGUUUGCUGCCGCCAACAUCACCACCGACUUCAUUGACGAUCACAAGAGCGUGCUGCUUCGUGCUGCCGACACCGAGACCGCUGUGCCCAACGAUGUGUUUGCAAAGGCCGUGGCUGCCAUCAUGCACGCCAAGACCCUCGCAGCCCGCACCAACGACUCUCCCUGGGACGGUCUGCAGCACUUCCGCCUCAACAGCCACCACGUCGAGAACAUCACCCUCCUGGCACACGGAGUUGAGCACACGGUGAACGUGGAGUGCCUGCCUGGCGACCGGUACACCCUGACGCUGCCCAACGGCACCACAAUGGCUGUGGAGGACAUUCGCACUUCCGGCGAUGGCAGCGAUGAGAGUUUUAUUGACGUGACCAUUGACGGCCACCGCUCCCGCUGCAACGCCGCGCUCCUUGACCACGACGUCCACGUCUUCACAGAGGGAAAUCACUUUACGUUUUCGCAGCCGCGCGAGUCUUACGAGAUGGCGGACAGCGGCGCCGAUGAUCCGGACAAGGUCGCCGCUCCAAUGACCGGCACCGUCGUCAAGGUGAUGGUGACCCCCGGACAGGAGGUCAAGGAAGGCGACACUCUUCUCGUCAUGGAGGCCAUGAAGAUGGAGGUGCGUUUGCGACGCGUGACACAACUUGCUCGUGGACCAGUUUCUGACACAAGGGUAUCUUCGUCCCUAUUUUUCAUCUAAUAACUCUUCUCACUCACCCUCGUUCAUCACAC